AUGAAUUUAAAUGACUUUGUGGUGCUUCCUAACAACAAGGCCAAAUCCGUCAAGCUCAAUGCCAGGAACUUGCGAGAACAGCACAUGGAGACAGUGACUCUGGCCCAGGAGAGCAGAGAGAUGGAGGAAAAACUGCAACAGCUGAAAGAGAGCAUGAGUAAAGAGAAGGAGGAGAGAGGGCAUUCUGGAGGGUUUAGAUGGAAGUCUGGCCAAUGUGGUUCUUUAAACAGCAACGCUUUAACAAACAGCUCCAAAGAGACCAAGGAGAACAGAUUCAAAAAGCUUUCAGCAGGCAAGGUGAAGAUCCGAAUGCUGAAGGAUGAGCCACUGACAGCCCUACCUCAGCCACCACCUCCACCUCCAAACCCUGCCAUCGGCCUUCAGACAACAAGAAAGAAUAGGCUGAGGGGAACAUACUGUGGACAAUGUGAAGUCCAGACUGCAGGACUGAUGUGUACUGAAUGCACAGAAGACUACUGCUUAAGCUGCUUUACCAAAUUCCACCAGAAGGGAGCACUGAAGCUCCACAGAAUGGUCCCCAUUCAGACAGAUUUACAGACCCAUGUGAGCACGCAGGAUGUUGUCAGCUGCCUCCAGAAACAGAUUAACCCUAGCUUUUAUCCCAGUACCUUUACAAGUCCUGCUGUGGCAAAAGCUACACAGUUGCACCCCAACCCCAGCCAGAUAUUGGCUGUGAAUCAUGGAGAGGGGGAAAUGGUGGAACUGAUUAAAAAGGGACAGAAAAGGGAGGAUGAGACGGGAUUCCCCAGCUCUCUUCUAAGAGGAGAGUACAAUGAGGAGGAGGCUGCCAGAUCUUUCCAGGAAGCCCUCAGACAGUGGAGAGAAAGGAAGAGUGAUGGAGCAGGAGAACCCAAGAAUGAAGGUGCAAUGUGGACACCCAUCCGAUCAGUAUCAGUGUCAUCUAUGGCGACCCAGGCUGACCUUGCUCCACAAAGAGGAGCAGAAGGACGAGAAGGGAGGGUACCUGUCAGGGUGGAGUUCACAGAGAGCAGCCUUACCUACAUGGACAGAUUGCUUCUCAAGAAACACCGCAGAACACCAAUUGAAACUUUUCGACCAUCGUUGGCCUUUGGUGCAGAUUUAAAAUCACUACAGAACACAUGCACUGGGGAAGAGACUGCAUGCAGCCUAACAGAGGGCCGUUAG